AUGGAUGAUGGAGAAAUUUCAAAUGGUAAUUUCCCUCCUCAGAACCCAACAUGUGGAUCAAAUAAUCCUCCUGUUUUGAAGAGGAAGAGAAACCUCCCUGGAAACCCAGAUCCUGAAGCUGAAGUCAUAGCCUUAUCACCAAAGACUUUAAUGGCAACCAAUAGAUUCGUGUGUGAAAUUUGUCUAAAGGGUUUCCAAAGGGAUCAAAAUCUUCAACUUCAUCGACGUGGACAUAACCUUCCUUGGAAGCUCAAGCAGAGGACAAGUAAAGAAGUAAGGAAGCGAGUUUAUGUCUGUCCAGAGAAGACUUGUGUUCACCACCAUCCUUCAAGGGCUCUUGGAGACUUAACUGGGAUAAAAAAGCACUUUUGCAGAAAGCACGGUGAGAAGAAGUGGAAGUGUGAGAAGUGCUCAAAGCGUUAUGCUGUGCAAUCAGAUUGGAAAGCACACUCAAAAACCUGUGGCACCAGAGAAUACAAAUGUGACUGUGGAACUAUCUUUUCACGGAGGGAUAGCUUCAUCACUCACAGGGCCUUCUGUGAUGCCUUAGCAGAAGAAACAGCAAGGGUAAACGCAAACAUAAACAACCCAUUGGGGUCUAACGUGGGUUACAGUGUCAUGCAAAAUUCCCUGGGGCCUAACAUGGGAACCAAUUUUUCUUCAAUUUUCAAGCCAAUUUCAAGCACUGAUGAAACAAUUAGUAAUAUUCAAACAACUAGAGGGCUAUCCCUUUGGAUGGCUCAAGCAUCUCAAGCUCAUGAGACAAUGGUUAAUACCAAUUUGCAUGAGAUUCAUCAACUUGGGAGGAACCCACUUGUUUCAUGCUCAAAUCCACCACCACCACCCUCUAAUUAUCAGCUAAAUUGGGUGUUUGGUAAUAAGCUUUCAUCCAAUGGAAGUCAAGAGCUAACUAGUACAACUUCACUUCCACUAGUCAAUAUUAAUGUCAAGGAUAACACAAACCAACUUAUUAGUGUUCCUUCCUUGUAUAGCUCACAACACCAAUCUCAUCAAACAACCUCAGCAAACAUGUCAGCAACAGCUUUGUUGCAAAAAGCUGCACAAAUUGGGACAACUUCAACUGACCCAUCAUUCCUUGGAAGCUUAGGUUUGAAAUGCAAUAGUCCAAGUCAAGAUGGGAACAAAUUUUGUGGGAUAUACGGUUCAAAUUCAUUGCUCACAAGUCACGGGAGUGAGCCAGAGAACUAUUCAGGUGAUUUGUCACAAAUGCCCCCUACAAAACGAUGGCAAAUGCAGAAUGAAGAGAAUGCAUGGGGACAGACUAGGGAUUUUCUUGGUGUUGGAGUGCGUCAAACCAUUUGCCACCCUUCAUCAAUCAACGAAUGGAUUUUAUUUGAUCAUGUAUUGAAAUGUCAAGUUUUAAUUUCUUGGUUGUUUAUUUUUCUCAAUGAAAGGAAAAAAUGUGAUAAUAAAUGA